CAGAUACUCAGAACUCCUGAACCAUGUGUCGACAGCUGUGUGUAUGCAGUUGAGCAACACUUCUCCAUGCUCAUGAGGUGACAGAUGAGUUACAUUUGCUCCUGUCCCAACAGUUCUGGCUGAAACUCCUCUUGCUCACUGGUGUAUUUAUAGAACCCAGCCCAUUCUGCUUUGUCUCCUUACUAUGCUGUUGCUAGAGCCGGGGUUUGUUUGCAUGUGUGUGUAUAAGCAAUGUUAAAAUGCUGCCAGUAACGCAGAGCCUGACUUGUUUUAUAGAACUGCAGGCCUUACCACUGCUAUCUGGAGAACGCGCGUGCCAAUUCUAAAACGUGUUGCAGUGGUUGCUUGUAAGCAGGUAAAAUGAAUCCUCCCUAAAACUGUAGUAGUGUGUUUCCCUAAGUCCCAUUCGUCAGGCAGGGGAUGGAGCAGAGCUGAGUGGUGGCAGAGCGUGUCUCCUCAGGCGUAGCUUAGUCACUUCCUCUGGAGGGAGGGUGCGCCCUCAGAGCUCUGCUGUAGUCGAAGCAGAGUGCUGAGCCUCUGCUCAGCAGGGUGGGUUGGGUGCUGAGCGAUGGGACUGCUGCAGAAACAAGGCUGGACCCUCCUGACCUCAGUACCUGCAGCUCCCAGGGUGGUCCCAUCUCGGAGCAACUCCUGAGCGUCUCACUGCAGUCACGUGGAUGAAGUGAAGCUCAGGCAGCCUUCUCUGCGCCCGUCUGCUGGGAAACCACGGAGGAAAUCCCCGCUGUUCCCUUGCUCUUCCGUGAAUUUAAUGCCCUGGACUCUGUCCUGGAGCUCUCCUCCCCUGCGGCGCUGACUCGGUGCUGUGGCACGGUAACCUGUCCUCUACGCCAGGCAUGACCUCGGAUUCCUGAUGCACCCUUACUCACUCCACUGGCAAUCUCAUGAGACGCCCGUGAGCCCCAUAUGGCACUUCUGGGGGUGGCAGCCGUUCUGUCCUCGAAGUCCCACCUGCGGCUGCAGGUGCGUCUGCGUCGGGCGCCUAUUGGAGCACCCAGAAAUACCUGCACACGGCUGAGGCGUGUCUGGAAACCUGAUGCCUCAUCUCCGCCAUGUGGAGGCGGAGGGAGGAGGGCUGUGAGACAUGUCCCUUCUCGCUCACAACAGCUGAAAGCAGAGAAGGCAACUCGCUACAGGCCUUCUCAGCAGUGCAGGGCGCCCCGGUCGCAUCCCAGGGGCACCACCAGACGCUGGGACUCUGGGUGGGUGGCAGUCCCGCAGCCGCCGGGCGAUGAACAUCGCAAGGAGAAGAGGCUUUUACAGACAGGAGCUGAACAGAACCGUCUGGGAGCUGCCCAGGAGGUACAUCUCCCUGCACCCCGUGGGCUCUGGGGCCUACGGUUCUGUCUGUUCCGCCAUAGACAAGAAGACAGGAGAGAAAGUGGCCAUCAAGAAGCUGUGCCGCCCGUUCCAGACAGAGAUCUUUGCCAAGAGAGCAUACAGAGAGCUCAUACUCUUGAAGCAAAUGCAGCAUGAGAAUGUCAUUGGGCUGCUCGAUGUCUUCACCUCCGCCCCUUCCUACCAUGGAUUUCAAGACUUCUACCUGGUGAUGCCGUACAUGCGGACAGAUUUACAAAAGAUCAUGGGACAUGAAUUCAGUGAUGAAAAGAUCCAGUACCUGGUCUACCAGAUGCUGAAAGGGCUGAAGUACAUUCAUUCUGCCGGAAUCGUCCACAGGGACCUGAAGCCAGGCAACCUGGCUGUGAAUGAAGACUGCCAGCUAAAGAUCUUGGACUUCGGCUUAGCAAGACAUGCUGAUGCUGAAAUGACAGGCUAUGUGGUCACACGCUGGUAUAGAGCUCCAGAAGUCAUUCUGAACUGGAUGCAUUACAACCAGACAGUGGAUAUCUGGUCUAUUGGUUGCAUCAUGGCAGAAAUGCUGACUGGGAAAACGCUGUUUAAAGGAAAAGACUACCUUGAUCAGCUGACUCAGAUCCUGAAAGUAACGGGGCAUCCAGGAGAUGACUUUGUGGAGAAGCUUGAGGACAAGGCGGCUAAAAGUUAUAUCAAGUCUCUUCCAAAAAUGCCCAAGAAGGAUUUGUCAGUGCUCUUCCCCAAAGCCAAUCCUCAGGUGGACCUGCUGGACAAGAUGCUGCAGCUGGAUGUGGAGAAGCGCCUUACAGCCACAGAAGCAUUAGCCCACCCAUACUUCGAUCAAUUCCGAGACAUUGAGGAGGAGACAGAGGCACAACAGUCCUACGAUGAUUCUCUGGAGCAUGAAAAGCUUUCAAUAGAAGAAUGGAAAAAACAUAUCUACAAGGAGAUCUUAUCCUUCAGUCCAAUCGCACGGAAGGACUCAAAGAAGCGAAGUGGAAUGUCGCUGUAGUGACUGCUUCAGCUGUGACUGGGAUUCAUGUCUGAUGCUGGAUGACAGAUGGGAUUUGUUCCACACAGCCUCUUUUGUUUUUGCCAUCACUUGGCCUAUGGGACUCCGCUGUGUGUGAACAUGAUGUCAACGCUGUGACCGUGGGCAUUGGACUUUCUUCCACUGGUGGGGGAAGCACUCCUAAAUAGUUUUCAACUGGAAAGAUAAAAUGCUUCACUGAAGCUUUGGGAGAAAUUGCUGGUAUUUUUUCUCCCUCCCUCCUCCCCCCUCUCCUCCCUGCAUAUUGCCAGGUUUUUGUUUCUCCUUUCUUUCAAAAAGCACAGGCUUUUGGACUUGAAUUAUGUAUAAGGUAAAUAAAAUGGUAACGCUGUCUGGGGACUGAGUCCCAAGCAAAAUAAUGAAAUGGUGAAAUUUAGCGUAACAAGACUUUAUCCACACUCCUGAUCACUGAGCUCCUAAAGAGCACCCAGCAUAGCCAGGUUGCUGACAUGAUUCAGCACCCAGGACAUCAUGGGAAUUGAGUUCUUCAUACACACUGGCUACAUCCAGGGCACCUUCUGCCCUGGUUUCUUGCUGUGCACAAAACUCCCUGCUCGGGUGCAGCCUCCUCUGGGCAGGUACUCAUUCCUCCUUUUUGCUUUACUUCUCUCAUCCUUGGGUUUUGAUAGGUACUGUUUCUUCCUCGUGGCUAGCUGCAAAUGCAUCCCUGGGAGUUAAAGACCACAUUCCCACAUUCAUAACCUCGUUAUCCCAGGGAGCUGGGUUACCAGCAAGCAGUCCUCCUGCCCUCACAGGGGCCUCUCCUUUAUGCACAGUCUGCUUCACCCUCCAGCUCCCUUAGCCAGGCUUAUCUCUGCUGAGCACCCUGCCUCUGCAGGCUGCCUUUAUCUCUUAGCAGAUCUGGUAUUUUGUUACACACUCCAGUGACAUGACCUCUUACGCACUCAUUCCCUCUGCUUUGAGGAAUCCGUUUUACCAUUUGUUCUCUGCUGCAGUUCUCUUACAGGGCUGUUUGUUCCUUAAUAGGAAGAGGCUUUAAUUGUUUGGAAAUGUCUUAAUAGGUGAUUGUCUACCUCACAUCCUUACUUUGAAGUAAGAAUCAAAAAGUUUAUAGAUUGGAAAGGAGGAAAAAAAAAAAAAAAAGAAAAACAAUACAUUGCAUGAAUAAU